AUGAAGAAGAGCAGCCGAAGAAUUGAAGGAAGAGUAGUCGAAGAACGAAUUAACAGGACGAAUGAGCAGGAUGCAGAUCAGAGAGCAGAUGUAUCAAAAGCUGAAAAAGAAGAAAUUUUGGUCAAGCUUUCCCUAUAUGAGGAGGCACAGACUGAAUUGAAAAGUAGAGUAAGAAUGCUUGAGGAUGACAAUUCCAGAUUGAGGCGGGCUGUUGAGCAGAGUAUGACACGGUUAAAUAGAAUGUCUGUGGAUUCAGAUUAUCUUGUUGACAGGCGCAUUGUAAUUAAAUUACUUGUAACUUAUUUCCGGAGAAAUCAUAGCAGAGAGGUUUUAGAUCUUAUGGUUCGCAUGCUAGGAUUCUCUGACGAGGAUAAGCAAAGGAUAAGUGUUGCUCAACAAGGUGCAAGCAAAGGUGUUGUUCAAGGAGUUCUUCGGCUACCUGGCCGCCUGGUUGGAGGCAUCUUGGGUGGAAGCUCGACUGAAGUAGUAGCAACUGCAGGAUCUGAUCACCAGUCCUUUGCAGAUAUGUGGGUUGAUUUUCUUCUCAAGGAAACCGAAGAAAGAGAGAAGAGAGAAACAUCUGGAAAUACAGGUACAACCACUGAAAAUUCACAUGAUAAAAGUUCAAACACUAUUUCGGCUAUUCCCCCUCGUCCGAAUCCGAGUCUUCUCCCUCCUAACUAUUUUCAGCGUCCUGAAAAUUUUGGUUCCGAGUUCUCAACAGUUCCCCUUACACCAUCUAUUGCCAAAAGUACUGGUUCAAACCAGCUUCCAAUACUGAAUAUAGACACUGAAUCCUGCACAUAA